AUGUGCUCGGGUGUGCUCAUUUCAAGCAGAAACAUUUUGACAUCCGGCUUUUGUGCAAGGAAGAUAUUCGCAGGACUGUCAACUGCAGAUGCAGCAGUCGGAGGUGUUAACGAUUUCCAGACUGAUGACAGGGAUGCUUGGGAUGUCAAAAUUCUAGAGAGACGAUACUAUCAUCCUGAAUACAAUCAGAAAACGGGCGAGAAUAACAUCGGUGUUCUCCGAACCUUCGAAUCAUUCCAAUUUACUGAAUAUGUGAAACCUGUCCGAUUUGGACACGUUGGAUGGGCCUUGCCAGAAGCCUACAGAUGUGUGACUGUCGGCUUUCAAGGACGAGACGGAGAGCGGAGAAACUCAUAUGGAACUGUUCAGCGACUCGAUUCAGCUCAAUGUCAAAGUGUUAUCAAGAAUAUAAUGGUUGAGAGCUCAAAUUUCGUUGAAUAUGAAUGGUCAGAAGAAAUGGACUGCUACACGAGCACUUACUCAAAUGAUGAUCCAGAUUUCAAGCAUUGCAAUUACGAUAAUGGUGGACCAUUAAUGUGCUAUAUGGGCAAAGAAGAAGGCUGGUACCUUCACGGAAUCGUCGCUGGAUUCGACAAAGACUGCGACGGAUAUCUUCCAAUCGUCGUGACAAGAACAGACAAUGAAAAAAUGGCGAGUUGGAUUCUUGAGAAAUAUUGA